GCGCGCCGUGGAGCGGUGGGGGAUCCGCGGCGUCAGCUCCGCCUGGGUCGACACAGCCUGGGAACUUGAUUUCACUGAGUCGGAGCCUUUGGAUUCUAGGCAAGAGAGUGUGAUAACAGAAGAUGGUUUGGAUGCCUUUGCUCAGCUGUACAAGGCUCUCCACCCGUUUGCUGCAGAUGACCAGGAGGCCGCUGAAAGUGUCUGGGCCCUGUUUGCAGAGAACAAUAUCUCCCACAAUGCCCUUGUUGCUGUGCUGUAUCACUUUGUCCAAGAGGCUCAAAAGAAAAAGGCCGACGUCCUGCAGCGGCUCUAUGCGCUCCAUGCUGCUGGAUUGUACUUCUUAUUGGUUGAAAUUCCAGGCAGCAUCGCCAACCAACUGUUCCAUCCGGUGAUGUUUGAAAAGUGCCUUCAGACCUUCCAGAAGUGCUGGCCCCAGGGCCUGGACUUACCCAGGAAAAGGAAAAAGAGCCAGACACAAAGUCAUCAGUGGGGGAAAAAUAAGAGGGGAAGGGUGACGAAGACAAAAAAUCCCCAGAUGGAUGAUAUUUUUGAAGAGGAAGAAGAACAAGAAGAGGAGCUCUUCUUCUCUGCAUCUGACCUCCUGCAAAUCCGGGAGGCCCUCUUUCUUCUCCUGAAAAAUUUCCUGAGGCUUCUUUCCAAGUUCUCCCUGAAAGAGAAACCGCAGUGUGUUCAGGCAUGCAUCCAGAUCUUUGUUGACUUCUUGAGUUUGGAGCCCUGCCCGCGCAGCAUCGAGCCUGCAGAGAGCAAGACUCUUGAUCAAGCCAAGUAUGUCCCGGAGCUUGCCCAUCUUGGUUUACGACUCCUCUGUUCCCCGCUUCAUGGCCCGGAAGAUAAGACGCUUCGCUGGGUGUUCCAUCGGCUUCUGCACGUCAUCCUCAUGUUGCCGGGGAGGGAAGGAUCCGGUGGUGUGCCUGCUACCGUUCCAGUUCAGGCUGUCAGUGCCAGCAACCAGGCAAUCAAGUUCGUCAGCUCUCUAACCAAGGAACUAACGGAAGUUGCUUUUCCUGUACUGCGAAUCUUACUGCAGCACAUUUGUGUCAAGGUCCCCGAUAAAUCCGAAUAUCGCACCCACGCAGCCAUGUCUCUGUCACAGUUGCUGUAUCAACUCCCUUGCACGCAGCAUGCCGACUUCGUAGUGUGGCUCUACAGAUAUUCGUGCAAUACCAAGAUCUCUUACAGAGUGUUCGCCCUCGAUGUUGCCCUGGCCCUACUGGAUUUCCCGGAGAGGGAACACGACGGCUCCCUGUCUGAGGAGCAGCAGGCGUUCCUGAAGCACAAGUUCCUGGUGCAGGUGAUGGUCUUCGGCCGGUGCUCGGACAAAGCCCCAACGGUGCGUAGCAAGGCGCUUUCGAGCUUUGCGCAGUGCCUGGAGAUGAAGAGCGCGUCCAGCAUCGAGAACAUCCAGGAGCUCUUGCAAAGUACUGUUGGUUCCAUGGCACUGACAACGCACGGGCCCACAAGGGCUUCCCUGUCCAGCACAGGAGGUCCCUCCUGUCCUCAGAAGACUUUCCCGACUUUUAAAACCGUUGAAGUGAGCAACGAGCGUGACACCACUGAUUUUGACGGAAAGGAAGUCAUGGCUAUGCUGCGACUGAGAGCUGGGGACGAGAAGACCAACGUUAGGAAAUCUGCCCUCCAGGUGCUCAUGAGCAUCUUAAAACACAACGUGAUUCCGUGCACGCCAGAAGACUUGGCCACGCUCCAGGAUCGGUGUCGUGACCCUGCGGUCUCUGUAAGGAAGCAAGCCCUGCAGUCCAUUACAGACCUCUUGAUGUCUCACCCUGACGACGUUCUGAUACAGAAGGCCUGGCUGGCGGGCGUCAUUCCCGUCGUCAUGGACUGCGAGAGCUCCGUGCAGGAGAAAGCCUUGGUGUGCCUCGACCAGCUCUUGCUGCAGCCCAUAAAGCACAGCAGACUUCAGGACGGCGAGCAGAACCUGGCCUGGGACCUCCUGACACUGCUCACGAAAGAGAGUCGAGAACUGAGCCGCUACUUAAGCAAAGCUUUCCGCGUGUGGUCCAAGCAAGGCCGGUUCUCCUCCAUGUUCGUCGACGGGGUCCUCUCUCACGUGGGCACGGAGCGAGCUUCGCCCGCCUGGAUGCUGCUGGCCAAGGUGGCUGGCUCUGCCCCCAAGCUGGACUAUUCCAAAGUGAUCGACGCCUGGGAUGAGAUCAGCAGGCAAGUGGGAUCUCGGGAAAACACCAUGGUGCACAUGCUAUGUGUGAUUGGCAGCAUUGCCAAGCACCUGUCCAGGAGCGUCCAGCACAAGCUGACAGAUGAUAUCAAAUCCUGGCUGGGGGAUUUUCAGUGCCCCCUGGAAGCGAUCAGCCCAGCUGUCGAGACGCUGCAGAAACUUUGCCACGCCUCCUCGGAUGCCCUAGAGGAAGCGCAGACGCUGUUGAACGAGAUCUGCGGGGGUCUUGUAUCGGCAUGCGCGAGCUACAUCUCGAGCGUCGUCCUAACGGAGGGCGGGGCAGAGCAGCUUCAAGAGGACGUCUUGGUGAGGCGUCUCUUCACCCUGGGUGAGGCCGCGCAGCUGUGCCCGGCGAAAGUAGAGAAACGUAUCUUCUUGCUGAUUCAGUCCAUCUUGGCAGGUCCUGUUGCUGUGGAACAUCCUUUGGAAGAGGAGGAGGAGGAAUGCCCAGCAACUCAGCCGCUGUCCCAGUUCAGAGGUUCUGUGAUGCCUUCCGUUGUCCGAGCACAUGCCUUCAUUACACUGGGCAAGCUCUGCCUCCAGCAAGAGGACCUGGCGAAGCAGUGCAUUGCCGCCCUGGCUCGGGAGCUGGAGGUGUGCAAGGACAUGGCCGUCCGCAACAACGUCGUCAUAGUGAUCUGCGACCUUUGCAUCCGCUACACCACCAUGGUGGACCAGUACAUCCCCGACGUCUCCGCCUGCCUGAAGGACCCGGAGCCUUUCAUCCGGAAGCAGACACUCAUCCUCCUGACCAACCUGCUCCAGGAAGAAUUUGUCAAGUGGAAAGGCUCUCUGUUCUUCAGAUUUGUCAGUGUUCUGGUGGACCCAAAUCCGGAUAUUGCCAGCCUUGCGGAGUUCUGCUUGGUGCAUCUCCUGCUCAAGAGGAAUCCAACAAUGUUCUCCCAGCACUUCAUUGAAUGCAUCUUCCACUUCAACAGCUACGAGAGACACGAGAAGUACAACCGUUUCUCCCAGAGUGAGCGGGAGAAGAAAUUGUUUUCUCUGAAGGGCCGAGCCAACAAAGGGAACCGGAUGCGGAUCUACAAGUUCCUGCUGGACCACUUUACGGACGAGCAGAGGUUCAACAUCACCUCUAAGAUCAGCCACAACGUUUUGGCUUGCUUUGUGGACGGAGUCCUCCCGCUCAACAUAGAAGCCAGCGAGCUGCUCUCGGACACCUUCGAGAUCCUGAGCUGCAAGGAGAUCAAGCUGUCGGCCAUGCGGUCCAGGCCAGAGGAGGACCUCCAGCCGGAGGAAGACGAGAUGGCCAUGGCCGAUGCCGUCAUGCAGGUGGCUCAGAAGAAGUUAAUCUCGCAGGUUCAAAAGAAGAACUUUAUCGAGCACGUCAUUCCAAUCAUCACUUCGCUGAAGACCUUGUUGGAGCAGAGCAGGCUUCCGGCACUGAGGGACCUCAUGAACUAUCUCCGGGAGGUGUCGCAGGACUACCGGAAUGAAAUCAAAGAGCUGUUUGCCGUGGACAAGCAGCUGGCAGCGGAGCUGGAGUACGACAUGAAGAAGUACGAGGAGCAGCUGCAGAGGGAGCAGGAGCAGAGCCGGGAGCUCCUGGGGGAGCCGGAAUCCCUCCCCACUCUGGCGGCGGUGGCGGCACAGAGGUCUCCCAGCUCCGAGAGAGCAGCGUUUCCUGGGGACCAGCGUAACGCAGCUUCUCCAACCUCCCGAAGAGACUCCUCAUCACUGAGAGCAGGUUUGCUGCCUUCAUCUUUUGGAUUUAUGACACCCCCGGCAAGAGUUCUGAAGCCCCAAACCAGGAAAGAGUCCCUGAACACCUUCGCCAUCCUCAACUCAGCAAGGAAGGUCAUGGAGGCGGCUGGCAAGCAGCGCAGCAGGAGCCUGGGAAGCCAGCCCCUCUCGCUGGGGAGUCAGUGGAUGACUUUUGGUAGUCUCACCCAGACGUCUUCUGAAACCGCCGUCCUUCAUGGCAGAGCCAUCAGCACCCCGGAAAAGUCUAUUACCAAUUUGACUUUCGGCGCUGGAGUCAGUCUCAUCAGCCCAACAGACAUGCCCACUUCAGCUCAAGAAAAACAGGUCCGGGAUCAGCCCGAGGAGAUGGUUUGUUUGGCAGCCCCUGAUAAGCCGUCAAAGAGGCAGGUCUGUAACUUGUGCCUGGCGCUGAGCAAAGAUGGAAUCCCAGGGAAUCCUCCCGUACCCAGUUGA